AUGGGCCAUGCAAAGGAAACCGAUCCAGUAAAACCUUAUAGCAGCCCCACAUUGUGUGGAAAAGAGAAUGAGCUAUCUUCUGCUCCCGCAGUUAAUGCUGCCAACGCUGACUUGGCCGACCAUGGCGAUUUGGCCGAAGGAGAGGAGGCUCCGAAGGUGGGUGAGGUAGCUGAAUCGGAGGGUCAGAAAAAGAGGCGGCCUACUAAGGGACAGAAGAAGCGCGCUAAACUGGCGAAUCUCUCUCAGGCAGAUGCUGUCGUCGCCGAGGGCCGUGAUCCCUAUCAGUCUCCUGCAUUAUGGCCCAGUCUUCCUAUUUGGUCUAUAUUUCAAGUGCGCCUUUGGAUCGCUCGCUCAGAUCUCUGUUCUGAUGUAUCAUCUACUGCAGAACGGUGA